AUGGGAUAAUAGCAAUCAUAAUAAAACAAUUUUUUUUGGCCAAGUAAGGGAGAAGUAAAGUUAUGGACUCACUCUUAAAUAAAAGUUAAUUUCAUAUUUUAUAUAAGACCAUAUCUGAAGGAGAUUCUAAGUUCUCAGAAUAAAAUAAUGAAUCUGUAAUAACUUGCCCAAGUGAAUACUCUUUAAGUUGGAUAACGAAAUAAAAUCAAAUUUAAUUUACUUCAACGAAAAUUUCAGAUGGAGUUAAAGUCAAAUUUUUAGUUGAUCAAGCUAAUGGUAAACUAAUAAGUAAUUUAUAAACUCAAAAUUUAGAAACAGAAUACAUUUAACUUGAAAAGGUUGAAAAAUAAGUAGUUGAUGAACUACAACCAUAAAUAAUGUGGAAAUGCUGGGUUGAAAUUUGGCUUGGGUAAACUAAGAAGAAUGUUAUUGUGCUUAAGAAAUAAGAAAGUUUAGAAAAUGUUUAGUUGGAGAGUGGUUUAGGAUCUAUAUAUAAUCCUGUUAUCAAAGUCUAUAGAGAAAGGAGAGGAUAAAUAUAAUUUCUAACAAGACAAUUAUGUUAUUCAAAUUAGAGUGAUGAUAUGAAAUCAAGCAAAUACUAGAUGAAUACAUAGUUUUGUAAAUCUUAAUUUUGGAUGUUCAAUUGGGACCUUAAAUAGAAAGUAGUUCCUGAUGCAUUCUUUUUGGAAUUAUAAAAUAAAUUAUCAACAGAAUCUCUUUCUUUUUAUCAGUAAACACUAAAUUGA